CUCGCAGCCACUGGUCAGCUAUGGCGACGGCUACACGGCGGUGAUGGGCAGGGUGGCGCUGACGACGUGGCGGAAUGAAUCGCUUCAAGACCGUAGCUUUCAUCUGGCUCCUCUAUGCCUUGUUUUUCUACUCUCUCUUCCGAAUGGCCCUCAGGAACUCCGACUCCUCACGCAAUUACUCCUCCGCCUCCGAUUCAGUAAUUUCGAACAAAGAGCGGAGGUCCGUAUUAUACGAUCGGAUGGGUCGGGAUUUGGAAGACCAUGGACCAGUUUUUCUCAACCGCGGCGGCCGAACCUCUCAGUCUCUGUCACUUUCUGAUAUUUUUACGAUAAGGGAUGGAUCUGUAACACCUGUACUUAAGGCAGCAAAUCCUCCUGUUCGUGCUAAUGUGUUGUAUCUGAGCACGCAAUACUCGCUUCCGAUUUCGAAGGCGCUCAAACCUAUACUCGAUCCUUACUUCGAUAAGGCAAUCUGGUUUCAGAACUCGAGCUUGUAUCAUUUUAGUAUGUUUCAUGCCUCGCAUCAUAUUUCACCUGUUCCUGCUACGCAAGGCGAGAUUGAAACCGAAGCAGCUGCAGUCAGGACUACUUCACAGGGUCUCUGCCCUUUAAAAAUUGUCUUAGACAGAGUGGUCUUGACCUCAACAGGUGUGCUUCUUGGGUGCUGGCAGGUAAUCUCUGGAUCAGAUCCUAUAACCAUUCGAGCAAAUUUGAGGACCGCGCUUCCACGUGCACCAGAAAAGCAACUUUACGAUGCUGUCAUUCUUCAUACUUCAUUUGCAAGGCUUCUCGGUCACGCAAAAGCAUCAUCCAAGGUGCUAUCUAAUACUUCAGAUCAAAUCCACUUCUUCCAAGAGCUUGUUCAUCGUCUAAACAACGAACUCCAAGGAUUUGAGGCAGUGGUAUCUGAGCUCUGGUAUGUGGAGGAAUUCGACGUGUUGGCUCUAGCAUUGAACGGAAGAAUGAAGGCGCGCAGGUUCCAACUUGGCUGCUCAAGAAGUUGACAUCACGAUUCGCCAGUUCCACUAGUAGAAACCCAAAAUUCAAGUAAAUAACGCAUUGUUUUACAAGUUAGUUGUUUUACAUCGAAGCAGGUUCUCUGUGCUGGCGUGUAAAUUCGCAUCUUGUUCUUCUAAACUGAAAAUCUAAAGCAAAUAAUUGAUGGUGUGGACUUGAUGAA